GCUGUUCCAGACCAAGUGCAGCAGCUGCUUGAAGGCGAUCGCCCCCUCCGAGCUCAUCAUGCGGGUGCUGGAGAACGUCUACCACAUUCACUGCUUCUACUGCUGCGAGUGUGAGCGGCGCCUGCAGCGGGGAGAUGAGUUUGUGCUCAAGGAGGGGCAGCUGCUGUGCCGCAGUGACUAUGAGAAGGAGAAGGAGAUGCUGAGUGCUAUCAGCCCGGCACCCACUGAGUCUGUGAAAAGUGAGGAUGAAGACGGCAGCCACUCGCACGGCAAAGGCAGCGAGGAGAGCAAAGACCACAAGCGCUCCAAGCGCCCGCGCACCAUCCUUACCACACAGCAGCGUCGGGCAUUCAAGGCCUCGUUCGAGGUUUCCUCAAAACCUUGCAGAAAGGUAAGAGAGACCCUGGCAGCUGAGACGGGCUUGACUGUGCGGGUGGUACAGGUCUGGUUCCAGAACCAAAGAGCCAAGAUGAAGAAGAUUGCUCGCAGGCAACAACAACAGCAGCAGCAACAGCAGGAGCAAGACCAGCUGGGCAACCCUCGCUUAGGGACCGGGAGAGGGACCGGUCGCAACAGCAGGCAGAGCAAUGACGACAGCGAAGACGGUGCAAGUGUUCACGGCCUGGAUGGGCUCAUGGUCCCCUACCCCAGGAUCCCCCAGCAGCAGCUGCUGCCCCUGGAUCAGAACGGCUACAGCACAGACUUGUACAGACAAGGGCUGACGCCGCCCCAGCUGCCAGGAGACCAUCUGCACCCCUACGACUCAGAAGGAGUUUUUCAUGAUAUGGACAGUGACAGCAUCAGCCACCUGGGAGACUGCCUGCUGUCAACGGCUGAAGCCAACCUCCUCCAAGCUCGCGUGGGCAACCCCAUUGACCGACUCUACUCCAUGCAGAGCUCCUACUUCACGUCCUGA